ACAUCAUCACUAACGUUACAGAAGUCACGAGAACGAUGAAAGAAACCACCUGUCAACUGGUCUUUAACUGAGAAGAUUCCUGACCUGUGGAGUGGGCCCACGUGUAAACUGAUAGUUUGUCAAGAAAACACAGUAACCUCGACAGACAAAAUUUUGCAGGUUCCUCAGCUGGUGAAGGUAAAGCUGAGCGAGUGAAGCUGCAGCACUGUGUAACAGCAACAAUACUGGAAGAAAUAGGCUGCUGGUUGGGGGCAUUUGCACACGGCUGUGAAUGGUAGUGUCUAGAAAGGGUAUGUCCCUUCAGGAGAGAGGUGCCAAUGUCCAACCGGCCUAAUUCCAAUCCAGGGGGGUCACUGCGACGUUCUCAAAGGAACACUGCUGCGGCCCAGCCACAAGACCACACUGCCACAGGAAGGCUGCAGGCAGGGCAGGUAAAACAUAACGCACAUUCCCCUCCUGAAAGUAGAAGACCUAACCUCUCUAAGGCUCCAAAAGCCCCACCCAGCUCAGCUUCUGGCUCCUCCAGAGGCCACAGCUCCAGAAGAAACCCUCUGUCGGUGAGUUCAUUGUUAGUAGAGCCGGACCCAGAGGCGGCAGGCCCCUCGGAGCCGCCCAAACGUGAGGACAGCCGGGGCCAGAAGCGCAGCUCCGCUCCCGAGCCCAGCACCUUCGGCGCCUCCUCCUCCUCCGCCUCCUCUUCCUCCUCUUCAGCCGCCAAGAAGCCCAAAGUCCAGCCCCCGGCCCCCGAGGGCACCUUCUUGUCCUCCGCCUCCUCAUCCUCCUUGGCCGCCGGCACAGCGGCCUCUUCCUCCUCCUCACUGACCCGGAAGCCUCCGCUCUACGCCGGAGGCAAGUCCAAAAAGCGCCGGGCACCGGCCGAUAGCCAGCUGCUGACGAACGCUAAAGCUAGCGCCAGCGCUAACCAGCGCGCUCACGGAAGCGGCAGCGGCAGCACUAGCGCCGUCUCCGCCGCCAGAAAGAGCGGCGUCUCCUCCUCCUCUUCCUCCUCCUCCUUCGGGGCCUUGCCGUCCACGUCGGCCGCCCCGCCUAGCCACAAGCGCAAGAAGGCAGACUCUGUCCCCGCAGCCAGCCUGAGCGCCUCCUGCUCAUCCUCCUCGUCCUCUUCUUCCUCCUCCACCACCUCCUCGUCCUCCUCCUCUUCCUCGUCCGGCACCGGCCCGACUCCCAGCCGCGCCUCCACUGCCCCCGCAGCGCUCUCCGCCGCCGCCGUCAAAGCAAACAAGCUGGCGUCCAAGUCGGCCGCCUCGGCCAGAGCUGGGUGUAGCGCCGCCACCAACACCGCCAUCGCCACCACCACCACCACCAACAACUCCGCCACCGCCAACAACACAGACUCCUCCCUGUCCUCCGCCUCCUCCUCCUCUUCCUCUUCCUCGUCCUCCUCCUCGUCCUCCGUGCCCACGGCGGCAGCGGGUGCGGGCAGCUGUGCUCCACCGCAGCCGGGCGCCCGGCACAAGCAGGGCAGAGAGCCCGCGGCGGGCAGCGGUAAGGCGCGGCGUUCCCGCUCAGCGUCCAGUCCCUCUCCGCGUCGUAGCGGCCGAGGAAAAGAGCAGGCGAAAGCGGCAGCCGCGGCGGCAGCAGCAGCAGCAGCAGCAGCAGCGGCGGGCAGCUCCAAGUUUGAGUGGGCCUCUCGUUUCAGUCCCAAAGUCAACCUGCCAAAGCCCAAGCUGUCCCUGCCAGGAUCCUCCUCCAAGGCUGAGACCACCUCCAAACCUGGGCCCUCGGGACUACAGGCCAAACUAGCAAGUUUGAGGAAGUCCAAUAAGAAACGCAGCGAGUCUCCCCCAGCAGAGCUCCCCAGCUAUCGGCGGAGCACACGUCAGAAGACCACGGGCUCCUGCGCCAGCACCAGUCGGCGGGGCUCAGGCCUGGGCAAGCGCGGGGCAGCUGAAGCUCGUCGACAGGAGAAAAUGGCCGACUCCGACAACAACCAGGAUGGAGCCAACUCCUCCACCGCGCGCACCGAUGAGGCACCACAGGGGGCUUCAGCCUCGAGCUCCGUAGCUGGAGCUGUAGGCAUGACCACAUCCGGCGAGAGUGAGUCGGAUGACUCUGAAAUGGGCCGGCUGCAAGCCCUGCUGGAGGCUAGAGGUCUCCCCCCGCACCUGUUUGGACCACUGGGGCCGCGCAUGUCUCAGCUCUUCCACAGGACCAUAGGCAGCGGGGCCAGCUCUAAAGCCCAACAGCUGUUGCAGGGGCUGCAGGCCACAGGUGACGAGUCCCAGCAGCUCCAGGCUGCCAUCGAGAUGUGUCAGCUCCUGGUCAUGGGUAACGAGGAGACGCUGGGAGGCUUCCCCGUCAAGACCGUCGUGCCCGCCCUGAUCCAGCUGUUACAGAUGGAGCACAACUUCGAUAUUAUGAAUCACGCGUCCCGUGCCCUCACCUACAUGAUGGAGGCUCUGCCACGCUCCUCAGCUGUGGUGGUGGACGCCAUCCCCGUGUUCCUGGAGAAACUUCAGGUGAUCCAGUUCAUUGAUGUGGCUGAGCAGGCUCUGACUGCACUGGAGAUGUUGUCAAGGCGACACAGCAAAGCAAUCCUCCAGGCUGGUGGUUUGGCAGACUGUCUGCUGUAUCUGGAGUUCUUCAGUAUAAAUGCCCAGCGGAAUGCUCUGGCCAUAGCGGCUAACUGCUGCCAGAGCAUCACACCGGACGAGUUCCACUUCGUGGCCGACUCGCUGCCCCUGCUCACGCAGAGACUCACACACCAGGAUAAGAAAUCCGUAGAAAGCACUUGUCUUUGUUUUGCCCGGCUCGUGGACAACUUUCAGCAUGAGGAGAACCUGCUGCAGCAGGUAGCGUCCCGUGACCUGCUGACCAACGUGCAGCAGCUGCUGGUGCUGACGCCGCCGGUGCUGAGCUCGGGCAUGUUCAUCAUGGUGGUGCGCAUGUUCUCCCUCAUGUGCUCCAACUGCCCCAGCCUCGCCGUGCAGCUCAUGAAGCAGAAUAUCGCGGAGACCCUACGCUUCCUGCUUUGCGGAGCAUCCAACGGGACGUGUCUGGAGCAGCAGAUCGACCUGGUGCCCAGGAGCCCUCAGGAGCUCUACGAGCUCACCUCACUCAUAUGUGAGCUGAUGCCAUGCCUGCCCAGAGAGGGCAUCUUUGCCGUGGACGCCAUGCUGAAGAAGGGCAGCGCCCAGACCACAGAGGGGGCCAUCUGGCAGUGGAGGGACGACCGGGGCCUCUGGCACCCCUACAACCGCAUCGACAGCCGCAUCAUAGAGACGGCUCAUCAGAAUGGUGAGGAUGAGAUCAGCCUGACCACGCUGGGUCGUGUUUACACCAUCGACUUCAACUCUAUGCAGCAGAUCAACGAGGACACAGGCACUGCCCGGGGCAUCCAGAGGAAGCCUAACCCGCUGGCCAACCCCAACUCUGGCAGUCACCAGGAGGUGCGCCGUGAGGACGCGCGCGCCCAGCUGAUGAAGGAGGACCCCGAGCUGGCCAAGUGCUUCAUCAAGACGCUGUUCGGCGUGCUCUACGAGGUGUACAGCUCAUCGGCCGGCCCCGCCGUCAGACACAAGUGCCUUAGAGCCAUCCUCCGCAUCAUCUACUUCGCCGACGCCGACCUGCUGAGGGACGUGCUGCGCAACCACGCCGUGUCCAGUCACAUCGCCUCGAUGCUGUCGAGUCAGGACCUGAAGAUUGUAGUGGGCUCCCUGCAGAUGGCAGAGAUCCUCAUGCAGAAACUUCCAGAUGUCUUCAGUGUCUACUUCAGAAGAGAAGGAGUGAUGCACCAGGUGAAGAACCUGGCUGAGUCAGAGGCGUUUCUUAGCAACCCCCCCAGGGCCUGCUCCAGCACCCCUCCCAGCCUGUGCACCACCACCAUCACCACGACGACCAGCAGCGCCAGCAGCAAUGCACAGCCGCCCGCCGAUCUGGGCUCCCCCAGCUUCCAGCACAGCAUGGACGACUCGCUGGACCUCAGCCCACAGGGGCGCUUGAGUGACGUGCUGAAGAGGAAGCGACUCCCCAAGCGAGGCCCCAGGAGGCCCAAGUACUCUCCCCCCAGAGACGACGACAAAGUUGACAAUCAGGCCAAGAGUCCGACCACCACUCAGUCACCCAAGUCGUCCUUCCUGGCCAACCUGAAUCCCAAGACAUGGGGCAAGUUGGGCGUCCAGACCAACAACUCCAGCUCUGAGCCCUCUCGCACAGCAGGGGUCAGUGGCUUGGCCCGACCCCCUGCCAAGGACUCGGUCUCCAACAACAGGGAUAAGAUUAAGGCCUGGAUCAAGGAGCAGGCCUGCAAGUUUGUGGAGCGCUACUUUAACUCUGAGAACGUGGACAGCACUAACCCUGCCCUGAAUGUACUACAGAGACUCUGCACUGCCACUGAGCAGCUUAGCCUUCAGGUGGAUGAAGGUGUAGAGUGCCUCGUGGAGAUCUCCGGCAUCGUGUCGGAGUCGGACGUGUCGUCGUUUGAGAUCCAGCACAGCGGCCUGGUCAAGCAGAUGCUGCUCUACCUGACCACCUGCGGAGACCGCAACGCCGUCAAUCGCGACCAGCGCAUCAAGAGGUUCCUGCACAUCUUCUGCGGAUGCCCGAUGCCAGGGCAGGAGUCUGUGGCCCGUUUGGACCCAGCGGAGAACCUGCCUCUCUUGGCACUGGUGCACAAGAUGAACAACUGCCUCAGCCAGAUGGAGCAGUUCCCCGUCAAGGUGCACGACUUCCCCUCCGGAAACGGCAACGGCAGCAGAGGUUCCCAGGCGCUGAAGUUUUUCAACACGCACCAGCUCAAGUGCCAGCUGCAGAGGCACCCGGACUGUACCAAUGUCAAGCAGUGGAAGGGGGGCCCGGUCAAGAUCGACCCCCUGGCGUUGGUGCAGGCCAUUGAGAGAUAUCUCGUGGUCAGAGGAUACGGACGAAUCAGGGAGGAGGACGAAGACAGUGACGACGAUGGAUCGGACGAUGAAAUCGACGAAUCACUGGCGGCCCAGUUCCUGAACUCGGGCAGUGUGCGCCACCGGCUGCAGUUCUACAUGGGCGAGACGCUGCUGCCCUACAACAUGACGGUGUACCAGGCCGUGCGGCAGUACAGCCUGCAGGCCGAGGAGGAGCGCGAGUCCACCGACGACGAGGCCAACCCGCUGGGCCGCGCCGGCAUCUGGACCAAAACACACACCAUCUGGUAUAAACCAGUGAGGGAGGAUGAGGAUGGCACUAAGGACACAGUGGGAGGCAAGAGAGGAAGAGCACAGACAGCUCCCACCAAAACCUCCCCACGCAACGCCAAGAAGCAGGACGAGCUGUGGCACGAUGGCGUGUGUCCCAGCAUCACCAACCCCUUGGAGACAUACCUCAUAUCGGAUCCUCCAGAUACCAUCACCUUCGAUGACCCCUCCCUGGAGGUCAUCCUGCUGCUGCGUGUCCUCCACUCCAUCAGCCGAUACUGGUUCUACCUUUACGAUAAUGGUGUGUGUAAGGAGAUGGUGCCCACUAGUGAGUUCAUCAACAGCAAGCUGACGGCCAAAGCCAACCGGCAGCUGCAGGACCCGCUGGUCAUCAUGACCGGAAACAUCCCCACCUGGCUCACCGAACUCGGCAAAACCUGCCCGUUCUUCUUCCCGUUCGACACGCGGCAGAUGCUGUUCUACGUGACAGCGUUCGACCGAGACCGCGCCAUGCAGCGCCUGCUGGACACCAACCCCGAGAUCAACCAGUCCGACUCCCAGGACAGCCGCGUCGCUCCGCGCCUGGACAGGAAGAAGCGGACGAUAAACCGUGAUGAGCUGCUGAAGCAGGCAGAGUCCCUGAUGCAGGACCUGGGCAGCUCCAGAGCCAUGCUGGAGAUUCAGUAUGAGAACGAGGUGGGCACCGGUCUGGGCCCCACGCUGGAGUUCUACGCUCUGGUGUCCCAGGAGCUGCAAAGAGCUGACCUGGGCCUGUGGAGAGGAGAGGAGGUCACCCUCAGCAACCCGAAAGGGAGUCAGGAGAGCACCAAGUACAUGUUCAGCUCCAGAGGGCUGUUUGCUGUGCCGUUCGGCCGCACCACCAAGCCUGCUCACAUCGCCAAGAUCAAGAUGAAGUUCCGCUUCCUGGGCAAGCUCAUGGCCAAGGCCAUCAUGGACUUCAGACUGCUGGACCUACCGCUGGGUCUUCCCUUCUACAAAUGGAUGCUGCGGCACGAGUCGUCCAUCAGCUCCCACGACCUGGUCAACAUCGACCCGAGCGUGGCCAAGUCCAUACAGCACCUGGAGGACAUCAUCCGCCAGAAGAAGAGACUGGAACAGGACCGCUCCCAUACGAGGGAGACGCUGCAGCAGGCGCUGGAGAGUCUGAACAUGAACGGCUGCUCGGUGGAGGACCUGGGCCUGGACUUCACCCUGCCCGGCUUCCCCAACAUCGAGCUCAAGAAGGGGGGCAAGGACGUGCCCGUCACCAUCCACAACCUGGAGGAGUACCUAAGGUUGGUGGUGUACUGGACUCUAAACGAGGGUGUGUCACGGCAGUUUGAGUCGUUCAGGGAAGGCUUUGAGUCAGUCUUCCCUCUGCAUCACCUGCAGUACUUCUACCCAGAGGAGCUGGACCAGCUGCUCUGUGGCAGUAAGUCCGAGACCUGGGAUGUGAAGACUCUUAUGGAGUGCUGUCGGCCAGACCAUGGUUACACACACGACAGCCGGGCAGUGCGGUUCCUGUUUGAGGUGCUCAGUAGCUUUGAUGCGGAGCAGCAGAGACUCUUCCUGCAGUUCGUCACAGGAAGCCCCAGACUGCCCGUCGGAGGUUUCCGGAGCCUGAACCCUCCACUGACCAUCGUGCGGAAGACGUUCGAGUCGACGGAGAAUCCGGACGACUUUCUGCCGUCGGUCAUGACGUGCGUGAACUACCUGAAGCUGCCCGACUACUCCAGCAUCCAGAUCAUGCGCGAGAAACUGUUGAUCGCGGCUCGAGAGGGCCAGCAGUCCUUCCAUCUCUCCUGAUGUUACUACCGCCUCUUUUCGCCACCUCCCCUCCCUCCCUCCCUCCUUCGCUCCAUCCCUCCCUCGCUCCUCUCCUCCCCUUCUUUCGUCUUUCAUUCAGAAUGCCUUCUCCCCCGCUCCCCCUCAACUCACAGAGAAAUCAUGACUUCCGCCUAGGAGUUUUGUCAUCUGACCGACUUUUUUUUUUUUUAAUAAUUAUUAUUAUUCUUUUCUGGCUUUCGUUUUUUGUUACAUUUCUUAUGUUUUAAUCCUGUUAAUUUUUUUUGGUCUGGCCCUGUGGGAAGGUGCUGCUCUGUUGUAUCCUUCCUAAUCCAAAAAAAAUGAAAAUAAAAAAAAUAGAGGAUUAAAAAAAAAAAAAAAAACUGCAAAAUUAGCUUGCAGACGCGAGAGACGAGAGAGGGAUGGAAAACUACAGAGAGAAGGAAAAAUCCAGAGACUCCCGCUGCACUCUCUUUUCUCUCUCUCUCUUUCUCUCUCUCUUCCUCUCAUUCACCCUCCCCAAUGUACACAACCUAUGACUUAAAAACGAGAAAAGGAAAAAAAAAAAAAUGUUAAAAAAAAAAUAUCAGUAGUUGAGUAAUGUGUUUUAAAAAAAAAAAAAAACUUACUAAGAUGGAGGGGGCGGGGCGUGGGGAUACACCUGGCUGACAUGAUAAACCUGCACCGCUGUGUCAUAUUCAAAAUAGACAAAAAAACGAGUGGGGGAAAAAAAAGGGAUUUUUAUCUCUCCUGACACUCUGGCAUGGUGACGCCAUCACUGUGUGUGUGUGUGUGUGUGUAUGUGUGUGUAUGUGCAAGGGUGUGUGUGUGUGUGUGUGUGUGCUUGGGGGGUGGGUGGUGGUCGUGAAGGAAGGGGUCUCAUUAAGCAGGCUAGGUUCACUUAGAGCUCCAAAGAUCAUUUGUACAGACAAGGUAAAAAAAAAAAAGAAAAAAAAGUUGCAGAUUUUGCUCAACACACAUUUAAUAGGGUUAGCUGUGUGUGUGUGUGUGUGUGUGUGUGUGCGUGUCUUUCUUUCUUUCUUUCUUUCUUUCUUUCUGUCUACUCCCUCCCUCUCUCUUCUCCGUCAGAUCCUCCAUUCCUAUCUGUCUCUCCUGUGAUAUAGCCUCGCCCCCCCAUCCCUCCCCCCAAACCAUACACACACACACACCCCAUCUCCACCCUGUGUGUUUUGCUUUUUUUCCCCUAGUUCAGCUUCAGUUUAUUGUAAUUAUAAUAAUUAUUAUUUUCUCUUUCUCCAUCUCUCUCCUUGUGUGUUGAAUUAUUUUUUCCCCCAUUAUUAUUAACUGUUUCUGGCAGAUUUCCUGAAGAUGUGUGCAAGUUGCAGUUGGUUGAAUGCGAGUAGUGACAUUAAAAAAGAAAGAAGCAUAGUGUCUAUCACUAUUAUUAUAAUUAUUAUUAUUGUUGUUGUUAUUUGAUUGUUUUUGUUUUUUACCCGAGUUGAAAUGAUGUUCUGGCCUACAGUUACAACCCCCCUCCCCCCCCCCCCCCCCCCCCCACACACACACACCUCCCCCAUUUCCAGCACCGUACCUCGUGCGGCACGACGGGGAAGGGAGGACUAAGGGGACGAAGGAGUCAUUUAGAGAUAGAAAAAGAAAGUUCUUUUGGCACAUGCUUUGUUAAAAGUAGCAUGCGCUUGCUGGAAACAUGGGGGACUACUUUGAUUUCAAAAUUAAAUAACAAAGAUAGAAGCCACAGACUUUGUGCACACGUCUGCGCGUCUGUGACGGAGGUGUCGGGUCCGGCCGACGCGGUCUCGGCUGCCCGGUGCCGGCCGCCUCCCUUUGCGAUCCCGUUUUAAAAAGCAGCGCACAUGAGCAUGGAGAGGAAGGAAAAGGAGGGAGAAAAUGGCUGGUCUCAUUUUGUUGUAUAACGGCCAGAUAGCAUUUCAGAAAACAAAAGAAAAUGAACCAGAAUUUAAAAAAAGGAAAAAAAAAAAAAGUUAACAGAAUAAAGUUUAUAUGCAGAUCUACGCCCCGGUUUAGUGGCGCAGGAUUCUGCUUUACAUUUUUUUUCUUUUUUUUUUUUUAAUUUUCUAUUUUUUUUCUGUUCUGUUCAUUUGUUUUUUGUCCUUUUCAUCUUUUUUCUUUCUCGCUGUAGUUCUUUUUUUUUUUUCUUUUGCACUGCUGGCUUGGAACAAACCGUGGUGUGCACUGCAGUCAGUGGCCAGGAGGUGGCAGCAGCGCGCAGCUCUCCUGCGCCCCAUCGUUCAUGUGCUGGUUUUUAAGAUCUGCAAUAAUUUACUGCAUCAGGUUCGUGUUUUUACCUGAACUUAAAUAAAGUAACUGUUUGACUCA